AUGGCGAGCUGGCGAGUUCGGUGGAAAGAAGCCGGCAACGACAAGAAUCUCACCUUCUCUAUCUCCAAGCACAUGAAGCAGGGCCUCUCCGAGGACGAGGCGGUGGCGGCCGCGCUGGCGGAGGCCAAGGCGCACCGCGAGGAGCUGGUGCGCCAACGCAAGCUGAAGCCCCCGAAGCCCGUCACGGCCAAAGCCUCUGGGUCCAGAGUGAGAGGCAUCCACUGCCAGGCAAACGGAAACUUUCAGGUGCAAAUCGUGAAUCCAAGCACCAAGACGAGAAAAUGCGGCGGCGCCUUCAAGACGCUGGCGGAGGCCGAGACCAAGGCGCGGGAGAUGGCCAAGAAGUUCGGGCUUCAAGCCGAGGGUGUGGUGGUGCCGGUGGAGCGGCUCUCGGAGCUCCCGCGCUUCGAGCCGCUCGGGCCGGAGAAGGGCGUGAGGUGGAGGGCCGGAGAGAAGGCCUGGCAUGCGCAGUGCAUUGUCAGAGGGCAGAACAUGCACAUGAGGUGCCGGCCAAAGGACUUCACAGAGAAGGAGGUGGAGAAGGCCUGGAAGCAGGCGGUGGCCUGGAAAAAACGGCAAAAGAAGAUGAGGCGUUGA